UCUGUGGCCGUAGCGGUGUUGUCAGAAGUCCAAAACCGAUUCUCCGUCGCCUCUCCCGCCACUGUAGUAGCGGAAAACGAACAAGAGAAACUGCAUGGAAUCUGAAAACCGCUCGGAGAUUCCCGGAAUACUUGAACUGUCACCAUUUUAGUUGACUGGAUGAGCUACUGAUGCAUUUAUUAGAUAUUGCUACUGGUUACCGGAACAAUGUUUUUGCAGUUACUUCUCAAAAAUUAUUCUGUAAUACUAGAUUUGUGUAUGGGAAGGAUACUGGAUUUCCGUCUUCACGGAGAUCCUUUUGCAUCCCGGGAGAAGCUAAGGGAUUGGGCGGACUUAAGCUGCGCCGGGGUGGGUUAAUGAUAAGGGCAGUGGCUACUUUUCAGGAAGUGGUAACCAAGUCUAACCAGAGCAGUGAGAAGGAUUGCUACGAAGGUUGUGUGAAGUUAAGUAUUGAAUCAAGAAGCUUAGAGUGCACUGCUAUGGAGCAGCAAUCUGAGACUGGUAAUUCAACUGAAUUGGAUGAGAGCGUAAGACAGAUGAGGGUCCCCAAAGCUAACAAAGGGAGAGUUCCUUGGAAUAAAGGCAGGAAGCACAGUCCUGAAACAUUGCAACGGAUUAGAGAGAGAACCAGGCUUGCAAUGCAGGACCCUAAGGUCAAGAUGAAGCUAGCCAAUCUUGGGCAUGCUCAAAGUGGUGAAACAAGGAUGAAAAUAGGAGCUAGUAUGCAGCUUAAUUGGGAAAAACGUCGUAAGAAGCUGAUGUUGCAGGAGACUUGCUACUUUGAAUGGCAGAAUUUAUUAGCAGGAGCUUCUAGGAAUGGGCUCUUUGGCGAGGAAGAGUUGCAGUGGGACUCCUACAAGAUUUUGAAUGAACAGCUGGAGCGGGAAUGGCUGCAGAGUAUUCAACAAAGGAAAAAGAAGCCAAAGGGCAACAAGAAUCAACCCAAGUCUGCUGAGCAACGGAGGAAGAUUUCUGAAGCCAUUGCAGCCAAAUGGGCGGAUCCUGAAUACCGCAAUCGGGUAUGCUCUGGUAUGGCUAAACAACGUGGUAUACCUGAUGGUGUUGAAAGAAAGAAAAGGAAAAGGCCAAGCAGCAAUGGACAGACCAGAAAAAGAAGCCCAUCAACGAAGAAAGAUGAUAUAAAUGGUCUAGCACUCAAUAAACCAAAGAGUCAAACUCAACAAGUUAGGUUGGACAGAAGUAGUAUACCAAAAUACAUGGAUCCUUUAGCAAGUUCCAAGCUAGAAAUGCUAAAGAAUAUCAGAACACAGAGAGCAGUGAUAGACAACAAGAAGGAUGAAGCCUUGGCCAGAGCAAAAUUAUUGAUUGCUGAGGCUGAGAAGGCUGCAAAGGCACUUGAGAUUGCUGCCACAAAGAGUCCUGUAGCUAAAGCAUCCCUUAUUGAAAGCAGGGAGCUCAUUGCAGAAGCAAUUCGUUACAUUGAGUCCAUAGAUAUAGGAGAUGUCUAUUCUGUUGAAAAUGGCACAGAGCAUUCACUCACUCCAACUGAACCAGCUAGUGUUGAUGACCCGACACUGACAAAACUUGAAACUUUGGAGGAAGUUGACCAAAGAAAAUCAAGCAGAGCCCAUGUAUUACUGCCUAAUGGUGAUGGCAUUCACAACUUCAAGUCUACUGGGAAACACUUGCACCCUUUAGUUAAUGGUAAAGGCGCAGCCUUUUUGUCAAGCUUGAGUGAUUAUGAUUCACUUGGCAGCAAGGCCUUUUUGUCAAGCUUGAGUGAUUAUGAUUCAGUUGGCAGCAAGAAAAAACUGGGCCUACCGUUUUCCAGUAAUGUGGCUCCAUUAGAUGCUGGGUUAAAGAAGUUGGACACUGCAGAAGAAGUAGGCGGUGAUCGCAAGAGAAGUGAGGUCGAGGAAGAUGAGCAGAAGCCAUGGCCAAAUGGAUUUACAUCUCAGCCCACAAGUAACCAGCCCCCGGCUAAGCCAACAGCAGUAUCCAAGAAAUGGGUUCGUGGGAGGUUCGUAGAAGCAGCUGAGGAAGAUGGGGGAGAGGAAUGAGGUGUAAAAUUCCAUGAUUUUGAUGAUGUUUUUACAGUAUGAUUACAUCCACAAAAUGCUUGUCUACGUCAGGAAAGGAAUCAGGAUGUGUUUGAACU